CGCGAACGUCGAGUGGGCGCGGCGCGUCGCCCCGGCCUUCGGGUCCAAGCGGAAGAUCUGGGUCCUGCUGGCCGAGGGCCGCGUCGACACGUCCGGUUGCGCGAAGCUGCCGAAGAACUUCGUCGUCAAGCCGCUCGAGUCGCCGGACGUCGACGUCCAGUCGGGCGACGCCGUCAUCGUCGUCGCGCCGGGCGUGACGGCGUCGUGGACGCGCGGCUACGACAUCGGCGCGGCCGCCGGCGCGCCCGUCGUCUUCCUCAACUCGCAGCUCUCGGAAAAGUACCAGCUCGGCGGGCCGCUCGCGGACGUCGAGGAGGUCUACUACUUGAAGCCCGUGUCCAAGGGCUUCGUCUAUCGCGCGUGGCCCAACCCCUGGGAGGUCUGGCUCGACAAGCCCGACGGGACCCAGGAGCGGCUCAAGGUCUUCAGCGACGAGCGGCCGACGCUCGGGGAGCUGAGCCAGAUCACGCGGUCCGCGAGCCAGUCGAAGUACGGCGCCAUCUUCAACGAGAAGUUCACGAACGACCGGAGCCUCGGGGCGCGGCUGUCUUUUGGUCUGAUUCCCAGAUAU